UCGCACAAAGCCAUCGCUCAACCCGCUUUGAGAUGCCCAAGACGCUCCUCUCCGUGGACCCGAAGAAGCUCCCGUGGGAGCAGGACCCUCCCGUGCACAACCGCUGGCACCCGGACAUCCCGCCAACCGCCACGGUCGCGGAGGGCGACGUCUUCCGCGUCGAAACAAUCGACUGGACCGGCGGCCAAAUCAAAAAUGACGACUCCGCCGACGACGUCAAGCACGUCGACCUGACGCAGGUGCACUACCUGAGCGGGCCGAUCAGCGUGCCCACCGCCCAGCCGGGCGACCUCCUCAAGGUCGAGAUCCUGGACGUGGGCCCGCUGGCGGGCGACGAGUGGGGCUUCACCGGCACCUUCCACAAGGACAACGGCGGAGGCUUCCUCACGGACCACUACCCGGAGGCGACCAAGGCUUGCUGGGACUUCGAGGGCGUCUACGCCCAGUCGCGCCACAUCCCCGGCGUCAGAUUCGCGGGCCUCAUCCACCCGGGCCUGAUCGGGACCGCGCCGUCGCAAGAGCUGCUCGACAUGUGGAACUCGCGGGAGUCCGCGCUCCAGUCGACGGUCGAUACGCCGAAGAUGACCACGACGUGCGCGCACAUGCACACGCGCCCGCUCGCCACCUGGCCGAACCCGACGGGCGCGAUGCUGGGCAAGGUCGGCCACUUCAAGCACGGCCCCAAGGAGGCGGGUUGGGAGAGGAUCGCGGGCGAGGCUGCGCGCACCGUGCCGGGCCGCGAGAACGGCGGCAACUGCGACAUCAAGAACCUGUCGCGCGGGUGCUCCCUCUACCUCCCCGUGUUUGUGCCCGGCGCUAACCUCUCGAUGGGAGACAUGCACUUCUCGCAGGGCGACGGCGAGGUGUCCUUCUGCGGCGCCAUCGAGAUGAGCGGCUUCCUUGACCUCAAGCUCACCGUCAUCAAGGGCGGGAUGAAGCUGCUGCCCGUCGUCGGCCCGUCGCCGCUCAGCGUCAACCCGAUCUUUGAGAUCGGCCCCAUGGAGCCCCGCUACUCGGAGUACCUCGUCUUCGAGGGCGUCUCGGUCGACGAGAACGGCGUGCAGCACUUCCUCGACGCGACGCUCGCGUACAAGCGCGCCGUCCUCAACUGCAUCAAGUACCUCGCCAACUUUGGCUACACCGAGGAGCAGAUCUACCUCCUCCUCUCCUGCUGCCCGUGCGAGGGGCGCAUCUCCGGCAUCGUCGACGUGCCGAACGCCGUCGCCACGCUGGCGAUCCCACUCGCGAUCUUCGACCGCGACGUCCGCCCCAAGGCUGGCGACGCGCUCGAGGCGCUGGCAAAGGGCAUCACCAUCAAGAAGGUCUUUCCGGACUGCGCCCACGAGUCGACGCCGGACACCGCGCCCGCGCCCCUCGACCCGCGCCUGUAGAGGCCGACUGCGCCAAGGCGCCCGCUCCCGGGCUGCCCCGGGAGCCGCUCCCGAGGGGCCGCAGCGGACGGCGCGCGCGCGGCUCCCUCUUCUCUUCUUCUCGCUGGCGCUCCUGGCGGGGCGCCGGCCGGUGUACAGGCAUGCGAUUCGGGGCGGGUAGGGUAUGGCCAAACCUCAAAGAUGAGGUUUGACAGAGGCUGGGCGGAGAGAGCAGCGUCGACGACGCCUCGGGCGGCGCGGCGUAGGGCCCGCGAGAUGAGGUUUGAUAGGACGACGCGCGGCUCUCCACGCUCACGGUCACGCUGAUCUCCCCGAGUACGGAGGCGAGGGAGAGAGGCGAGUACGUUAUCGGUGUACCAUGUGAUAGCGCCUACGCGCUACGGGCGGCAGCCACAGAGGCAGAGCGACGCGGGUUGGGGGCGCGAAAUCUCUUUUCGGGUUGUGUCUCGUUUUCGCGGGCUUCUCGGCCCCUCGAAAAGCUGUGUCAAACAC